UCAUGGCAUUACAUGAAAAUGUAUCCUUGAUGAACGUCUCAGUUUGGUUUGACUAUCAAUUUAAUUUUAAUCGGAAAUUUUUAUUUUACAGUCGCGGAGAGAAAAUUGUUUCAGGGCUUUUACUUUUGACCCCCGAAGAAAACCGGAAGUUGCGUAAUGAAAUGUGCCUACACGCUAGCUGAAUGGUGGUUGUACAACUCAAAGGGCUAAGCCUAUUCAUAUAUUAUACAGCAGCGAGGCAUUUUUUUAAGUUAAUCUUCCCUGAGAAUGUAACUUCUUCCUACGUCCAUGUCGAUCUCCAACCGAGCAGCUGUUCGAUGUAUUUGAGAUCAUGUCAGCCUCCAAGAUUGAACUGCGUCCACGUCAGAAGCAUGGCACAAAUAAAACCUCUGGGGACACGUCCAAAGAGGUGUCCCCAGACUCCAAGUGCCCCAUCUGUUUGGACGCCUUCCACAACAUGUCCUACCUGGACCUGUGCUUGCACAAGUUCUGCUUCCGCUGCAUCCAUGAGUGGUCGAAGAACAAAGCGGAGUGUCCGCUGUGCAAGCAGCCGUUCAACUCCAUCUACCACACCAUCAAGUCGGACCAAGACUUCAAGAAGUAUGACCUGAGGCCCUCCGACAACGGCUCAUUUGGGAGUUUCGGUGGUGUACGCUUCCGGUACCACACCACCAUGACGGGCGUGCGUCAGCGCGCCGAGAGGAGGACGGCUACCCCUCCAGACAACGGCGUGAUGUUUGAGAACUUUGGAGAUGCGUACCAGCUGCAUGAGCGCAACCUAAGGCGCAUGAUGUCGAGGUUGGCGGCAGGGCGGCGGGCCGCUAGCGAAGGCAGAGCAGUCCGUGCCAUCCGGGAGCAGGAAAUGAUCACGUUCAGGAGGGGGCUGUACCGCGAGGGAAUCCGGGUGCAGUCGGUGGAGGACGGCGGCCGCUGCCGGGACACCACGGCCGAGUUCUAUCAGAGGAACCCUGCGUGCCUUCACAGACUGGUGCCCUGGCUGAAGAGGGAGCUCAUGGUGCUCUAUGGAGCCCACGGCUCUCUGGUCAACAUCGUACAACACGUGGUGAUGUCGCGCAUCACCCGCUUCAAUCUGGAGGCCAGUGAUAUACUGGAGGAGCUCAGGCCGUUCCUCCAGGCUCGCACAGAGCACUUCCUCCACGAGUUCAUCAGCUUUGCAAAGGCUCCCUUCAACAUGGAAGCCUAUGACCAGCAUGCCGUCUAUGACUGCCCCGACUCCCUAUUAGACGACGACAGUAGCUCUCACUCAUCUGUCAUAGCCGUCUCGGAGGACGAUCUAAUGUCAGUGGAUCUGGACACCAUUGGAGAGUCUAUGUCCAGCGGUGCUCUCAGUCAGUCUGCGUGGGAUGAUGAGACGCCUGGGCCCUCGUAUUCCACGACGGAAGAAAGAAACAAAGUGCCGCCGCUCUCUAUACCAGACUCUGACAGCAGCCAGGAGGAAGAGCUACAGGAAAUCAGUUCCUCCUCCCAUCCCAAAGGCCCUUCAAACCCAAAGGACGCGUCCCACAGUGGUGUCCAAAAAUAUAGAUCUCUUUUGUCCUCCUAUGAUUAUGAUGUUGGUGGGGAUGAAGAUGACUGUGUUAUCGUUGGUUUCGUGAAGCCGGUGUCACAGAGGACGCCAGAGCUGGUUCAGCUCUCAUCAGACUCUGAGGAUUCUGUCCAUGAGGAGAUGGACAGAAAGCCCCAGCUGCCUCAACACAUUCGCUUCACCACCCCCAGCGCCUCUCCUCUGCCCGCUGUAGAGCGAAGCCCCCCUCCUGCCUCUGGCGCGAAACCGCAUUCACCAUCUGAAGAACAAAGCGGCCUCUCCAGGUCUAGAGGACACAAUUUGUCAGAGAGGAAAAGAGACUACGACAAGGACAGCAAGAGGCGUCGCAGUGCAGAAAGAUGCAGGGAACGGCAGGGAUCUAGCAGUGGAACUCAAUCGAGGAGAAAUAGGCGGGACAGAAGGUCGAGAAGUGCCAGUGAUUCUUCCAGGAGCCCCACCAACAGUGCCGUCACCCUGUCCCGGUCAAGGAGGCAUUCCCGAUCCAGUAGCAGCAGGGAGUGUUCCCGUUCGAAGCGGGACAGUAAGGAGAAAAGGCGGGACGGUCUGCCUGGCAGCUACCAGUGGCAGUCCUACAGCAAGUAUGGCCACGACAGAGACAACAGUUGGAUACAUUAUUCAGAGAAAACCACCUACUACUCCAGGGGUCACAGGAACGGUGAAUCCCGCUCUGAAUCUCGCAGUAGGGAACCCCAUGACAGCGGUCACAGGGACGACUUUCCCCCCGGGACCUACUCCACUGGUAGCCGAUCGCCCUCUUUCAGGAAAAGGUCCAGCCAAGACAAGCCUGGGGGCAAGAGGAAGUACAAGACCAGGCACUUGGACGAACCGGACAGAGGCACGGAUCUGAGGUCGGGAUCCGAGGCGGUGGACACAACCAGCAGUAGGACCAGCUCCAGGAAACAGAAGAGGUCGAAGGAGAGGCCAGCGAAGAGGGACGCCACCCUCGGAGGGGAAACAGACGAUGUAGGAAACGGGUCGGACCAAGGCAGGAGGCACCACAAGAAGAAGAAGAAACACAAGAAGAAAAGCAAAAAGCACAAGAGCAAGGAGUGCCCAGGGAAACACUCACCCACUGUCAUCACCAUUGAAAGCGACAGUGGUCAUUCUACCUAUAGCAAUGUUGACCCCUCAGGCAAGGAAAACCUUCCAAUUGCCACAGGCAUGCCACCAGAUACUGACGUCACAAGCCGCGAUGGUGAUGUGUCAAAAAGUGAUUCAAUGCCAGCUGACAAUGUUUUAUACCAACAAUAAACAUUAACUGUGGAUGAUUGGAGAAUCACUUUUGUUAGGAAUGCCUUUAUAGCAAAUGCCUUUUAAACUAAUUAUUUUCACAGCAUAAAUGGUUUACAUAUAAAUAUGGGAUGUGUUAUUUAGCAUCAAGGUCUAGAUAGUUGCUACACCCACAUCAAAUGUGACUGUGUGACUUUCAAACUUUGUAGUACUGUUUCAAGUGAACACAUCAAAUCAGGAAAGUAUUUUCUUCUAACUUGUUCCAGGUUGCAUUCUCAGGUAUAACAUUGUAUUCACAUAUUUUAUUCAAUAGGAAUCACUUGAAUGCUUGACAAUGAACCACCUGCUCAUGUACCCUUUUUUAUUUUGUUAAUUCAGAGGUCACAGUCUCUGGAUCUGUUUAUCACAUAACUAAGAGGGUUCCUCUCCAUAAAUUGUUAUUCAUGUUGAGACACAAAUGCUCCAUCACAGAAUAGAAUCAUAUUUUUAAAAAGGACAAAAGUGUUUUUUGAAAUGACAUUAAUUUCUGGGACUUAUUUCAUAGUGCCAGUUAUUUAUUUCAGCAGACUUUUACCUAAUAAUACCACAUUUAUUUAUUUGAUGACAUGUAUUUCCUAAUAAAACAUAUUCAAAUGAGUCGGUGUGGUAAAUGUGUCAUUAAAUAAAUAAAUGUGUUAUAAAAUAAUGGCAUCAUGCAAUAUAAAGACCCUGAAAUAAAUAAAUAUGGAAAGAUAAAAUACAAUUCUCAAAUGAUUGGGGUUUCUCGAGGUGUUUAUUUUGUCGAGAAUCUUUGCAUCCUCCACACAUUGACCAGCUUGGUAAGCAAACGGCAAGGGGGUUUACCAACAAUGAGCUAGUCAAACAUAUUUAAAAGAUCUUCUCAAAAUGUGACAUGGGAUGAGAGUGCAAUAGGUCAAAUAAUUUAGUUGCUUGGGCAUUUUUUAUUUUUAGAUAUUUUCCGGAUUGUUGCUAUCUGGCACACAUCUGGAAGAGUUUAGUGAAAACCUCACUAAGUUGGAGGGCGCCAAGUCAUCUUAGCGCCCACAGCACUAAGAUGACUAUGGUCACCCUCUUCAAUAGGACACAUCCCUGAGACUAGACAAUACAGUUCUGAGGCCUUCUGAGCAUGAAGAGCACCUUUUCAGAGAACUCAGACCUUUCGAAACAAGAUGAAAAGUAUCAGGCAAAUCAGCAUCAUCAGCCUCAUUUACAUUGAUGGAUAGUUAAUUCUCCUUUACUCAUUUAUGAAUACAGGUCAUUGUUUUUAAUUCCAUGCCAGGAAUUAAAGAAGAUCACAACUGCUAGGCUAUAUUGCAUUUAUAUAUUUUCCCUAUUCUUAAUUUUAGCAAAAUGUUAUAAUUUUACCCCCCUCAGCAUUCUUCACCAGGGGAUCGGCAGUAUAAUAUAUUAUACCAUGAUAGUAUUUCUUACUAGUUCUUAAGAGCGAUGUUGUAUAUGAAAUGUGGUGUCAAAAAGAGGACCCAACAGGAUCGGAC